CGAAGAUGGCGGCGGCGGCGGCGGUGCGGGCCGCGGGGGCUGCGGAGGGAGCGGGCCGGGCGGUGUCGGCGGCGACGGCGAUUCCGGUUCCUCCUCCCGGCCCCGCCGCGGGACCGCGCCGUUACUCGCUACUGGCCAUCGUGGGCGGCGGCUGCCACCGGCCCGGCCUGCUGGCCGCCGCGCUGCAGCAGCUGGAGCGAGGAAUCCGCUCUUGGGACAUCGACCUCUCUUCCUGCAACUUGGAUGAGCAGCUGAAGCUCUUCGUGUCCCGUCACUCAGCCACUUUCUCCAGCAUCGUGAAAGGUCAGCGGACCCUCCACCACCGGGGAGAUGUGCUGGAGACCCUGGUGCUGCUCAACCCUUCCGACAAGUCCCUGUGUGACGAGCUGCGAAACCUCAUCACGGAUGUGUCGCAGCACAAGCUGCUGGUGUUCGCGGGGCCCUGCGUGGAGGAGACGGGGGAGCUGAUGCUGCAGACGGGCUGCUUCUCCCUGCGGGACUUCAUCCAGAUCUUCACGGACAAGGAGGUAGGGGAGAUCCUGAGCUCCGCAGACCCCUCGGCCAAGGCCAGGCUGACCAUCAGCUGCCCCGACUUUGGGGAGUGGAGGGACUCGGGUUUGGACCACCACAACCUCCAGGACUUUAUCGAGCUGCGCUACAACCCGGGCUGCAUCCUGCCGGAGAUGGAGGGGCUGGAGGAGUUCAUGGAGUACCUCUCGGAGUCGCUGGAGCCCCAGUCCCCCUUUGACCUCCUUGAGCCCCCCACCAUGGUCGGCUUCCUCAAACUCUCCAAGCCCUGCUGCUAUAUCUUCCCGGGCGGGAGAGGGGACUCGGCUUUCUUUGCCGUCAACGGCUUCAACGUUCUGGUCAACGGAGGCUCCAACCCCAAGUCAUCCUUUUGGAAGCUGGUCCGGCACCUGGACCGCAUCGACUCCAUCCUGGUGACGCACGCGGGCACGGACAGCCUGCCCGGCGUCAACAGCCUGCUGCAGAGAAAGCUGGCCGAGCUGGAGGAGGAUCCGUCCCAAGGCUCGCAGGGCAACGGGGACUGGGCAAAGAACCUCAUCUCCCCAGAACUGGGUGUCGUUUUCCUCAACGCCUCCGAGAAGCUGAAGGACAUCGAGGGCAACUCCCGGGUGCUGAAGAGCUGCGAUGAGGCUGCCCUGACCCUGCACUACCUGGAGAAGUUGGGCAUCCGUCCCAACCCACUGGCCCGGGACAGCGGACCCCGCGCGGAACCCACCGUCCUCUUCCAGAAGAUGGGAGUGGGCCGCUUGGACAUGUACGUCCUGAACCCCGUGAAAGGCACCAAGGAGCUGGAGUUUCUCCUGCAGCAAUGGUCGGGCAACAGCUACCCCAAGGAGCAGGAUUUGCCCCUGCAGUGCCUGACCUCCGUCUGCGCCCUGCUCGUCUGGCACCCCGUCAGCCCCUCCGAGAAGAUCAUCCGGGUCCUCUUCCCCGGCUGCACCCCCCAGGGCCGCAUCCUGGAGGGGCUGGAGAAGGUGAAGCACCUGGAGUUCCUCAAGCAUCCGGUGGUCACCAAGAAUGACUUGAAGGGGCCGUCCGUGCCCCAACCCGAGAAACCGCUCAAGCAGAGGAGGGCAGAGAGCAAGGAGAGCCUGAAGUCGGCUUCCAAGCUCAGCUUGGUGGACACCGGCGCACCGGCGCUGAAGGAGAAGGCUCCAUCAAAGGUGGAGAGGAAGGACAUGAAGGCAGGGACCAAGGAGAAGCCAAAAUCCCUGGGGGAGACGGCCAGGGCGGGGUCGGAAGAGGAGAAAGCCAAGGAUGCUCGGGCCAAGCUGGACUCUUCGAUGGAGAAGCUGAAGGUGGACGCAAAGCCAAAGCCAAGCAAGGAGAAAGCGGUGCCCAAGAAGGAGCCUGUCCCCCGGAAAGAGGAGAAGAAGCCGCUGAAGAAGGACGAGGGGGCCGAGGCGAAGGGGGAGGCCAAGAAGGAGGUGAAGGUGGUGAAGAAGGAGGUGAAGGCUGAGACGCUGCGGAAGGAUGCGAAGGAGAGCAAGGCAGAGGCCAAGACUCCUGCCAAGACCCUGGUCCGGAAAACGCCGGUCCCGGAGACCCGCAAACUCCCGGCCAAGGCCGGCAGCAUCAAGAAACCCCCCCUCAAGAAGGAGCCAGAGAAGCCCAAGGCCAAAGCCCCCCGGGAGGCAGGAGGCAGGAAGGAGCCGGGGACAUCGGACGGCUCCAAGUCCUCCUCCCCUGAGGACAUGCUGCCGGAGGCCGAGCGGGGCCGGGGGGCCGCCUCGCCGGGGGCCAGCGGGAGGAGGAGGAAGGAGGAAUCGACGGACGAGGGCAUCACCACGGCCGAGAGCGAGCUGGAGCCCUCGCCGCUGGAGAACGGGGGGGCUGGGGAGCCGGCGGGACCCGGGGACUCAUCCUGCCUGGAAAAUGGCCUGGAGGACCCCGACAGCCCCCAGCGUUUCCGCUACCUGGAGAGCAGCCCUUUGAGAGCCGUCUGUCCCCCCUCGCCCCUGGCCAAGACCCCCAAGAGCGACCGCAGCGUCAACUUCGACCUGACGCCCACCGGGAUGCUCAACCACGGCCCCGAGGGCGGCGAGGAUGCCUGCGGCAGCUCCGAGGAGAAAACCCUGGAGAUGAUGUCUCCAGCCAGCUCGGGGCCGGCCAGCGCCGGGCACACUCCCUUCCACCAGUCACCAGUGGACGAUGGCACGGAGGAGCCGGGCGCCGGCACCAACCGGCCCCCAAACCCUUGGCCGCCGGCCGGGGGCAAAGCCUCGCAGGACGGCUCCGGCUCCUCGCAGGAGAAGCAGGCGGGCUGCCUCUCCCUCAGCCCCUUCAAGGACGACGUCCCCGACGUGUCCCCCACCGUCACCACCCCCUCGCUGCCGGCCGAGGUGGGCUCCCCGCAUUCCACCGAGGUGGACGAGUCGCUCUCGGUCUCCUUCGAGCAGGUCCUGCCACCCGUCAGCGAGUCCCCACCGGAGGAGGGCAGGCGGUCCCGGGGGACCGGGGGGACGCCGGAGCCGGAGGCCACCAAAGGCGGGUUGUCGCUGCCGCUGCGGCCGUGCCACCACCCGCCGCGGGCCGACGGUGACGCGGUGACGCGGCCCGGUCGCCGCUCCGACUCGCCCCACGACGUGGACCUCUGCUUGGUGUCACCCUGCGAGUUCGAGCAUCCCAAAUCGGAGCGGUCGCCUUCGGCCGCCGCCAGCCCCCGGGAGCUGUCGGACAGCGACCCGUCGCAGGAGCUGGUGCAGCGCCGGGGCCGGCCCUGCCAGCCGGUGGGCGAGACGCCCCCCACCUCCGUCAGCGAGUCGCUGCCCACCCUCUCCGACUCCGACGUCCCUCCGGCCACCGAGGACUGCCCCUCCAUCCUGGCCGACGGGCUGGAGUCGGACGAGGACUCGGAGCAGCCCACCCGCGGCACGGCCAGGGCCCGUGACCCACUGCCGGCCCCCAUGAAGGACCCCUGCCCCAUCCCCGCCCAGCCCGGUAUCUGCAUGGUGGACCCCGAGGCGCUGCCGGCCGAGCAGACCCGCGCCGGGAAGAAGGAGCCCCCCGGAAAGGUGAAGAGGACCCCGUCCCGUGUGGGCUCGGCACCCGCUGCUUCAAGGGCUGAGCCCCCCCGGCACCCCACCUCGACCCCCAAGGCCAGGGGCCCCGCCAGCUCGGCCCGUGACGCUGGGGACAAAGCCAGGCUGUCCCUUGGGGACAAGAAGGGACCCUCCGGCGGGGACACCCGCACCCUGGGGACCACCCGCGGCGCUGGAGCCCGGCCGCUGGCGGGAGCUGGCAGGGCAUCGCCGGCAGGCACACGGGCUGCGGCCCCCCCCCGGCCCCCCCGUCUACGUGGACCUGGCGUACCUGCCCGGCUCCUGGAGCGCCCGGACGGUGGACGAGGAGUUUUUCCGGCGCGUCCGUUCCCUCUGCUACGUGGUCAGCGGCGAUGACCACCUGAAGGAGGGCGUCCUGCGGUCCCUCCUCGACGCCCUGCUUGCCGGCAAGCACCAGUGGGGCACCGACAUCCAGGUGACCUUGAUCCCCACCUUUGACUCGCUGGUGAUGCACGAGUGGUACCAGGAGACCCAUGACCGGCAGCAGGAGCUGGGCAUCACGGUGCUGGGCAGCAACAGCACCGUGGCCAUGCAGGAUGAGACCUUCCCUGCCUGCAAGGUGG